CCGGAGGCCAAGCAGCAGCCGCCAGCACCUCCGUCCUUUGCCGGGUUCCACCAGCCCCAGCCCCAGCCCCAGCCCCAGUCCCAGCCGCAGCCUCAGCCUCAGCCCCAGCCGCAGCCGCAGCCGCAGCCGUUCGUGUUCCCAGGCCCACCCCCGGUCAAGCCAGCCAAGGCCCCUCUAUUCAGCAUCAUGCCGGUCAAAGGAGGCACCAAGUGCAUCAAGUACCUGCUCUUCGGGUUUAACUUCGUCUUCUGGCUUGCCGGCAUUGCCGUCCUCGCCAUUGGGCUAUGGCUCCGAUUCGACUCUCAGACCAAGAGCAUCUUCGAGCAAGAUAAGAAUAACAACUCUAGCUUCUACACAGGAGUCUACAUUCUGAUCGGAGCCGGGGCCCUCAUGAUGCUGGUGGGUUUCCUGGGCUGCUGUGGGGCCGUGCAGGAGUCCCAGUGCAUGCUGGGAUUGUUCUUCAGCUUCCUCCUGGUGAUAUUUGCCAUCGAAAUCACUGCGGCCAUCUGGGGCUAUUCUCACAAAGACGAGGUGAUCAAGGAAGUCCAGGAGUUCUACAAGGACACCUACAACAAGCUGAAAAACAAAGAUGAGCCACAGCGGGAGACGCUGAAAGCCAUCCACUACGCGCUGGACUGCUGCGGCAUGGCUGGCGGUGUGGAGCAGUUUAUCUCGGACAUCUGCCCCAAGAAGGACAUCUUGGAGAGCAUCCAGGUUAAGUCCUGUCCUGAGGCCAUCAAAGAGGUCUUCGACAACAAAUUCCACGUCAUCGGCGCUGUGGGCAUUGGCAUUGCCGUGGUGAUGAUAUUCGGCAUGAUCUUCAGUAUGAUCCUGUGUUGUGCCAUCCGCAGGAGCCGGGAGAUGGUCUAGAGUCAGCGUGUACCCCUGAGCAGGAAGGUGUACCCCUCAACAUUGGGUUGGGUUUGGUUUUUGUUCGUGGGUUUUUGGUCUCCGCCACUAACUUUAGUAUCCAUUCUGCAUUUCUAAACAAAAUGAGUUAUCCCAUGUUUGUCUUCUUAAUGCUUUAUUCAACAUUGAUAUUUGUGGUAGAGGGAUUUGGGGAUUUGUUUGCUUCAGUUCAUAUUUUUGGGGGUUGUUUGUUUUUGCUUGUUGUAUUAAGCAGAAAUCCUGCAAUGAAAGGUACUAUAUUUGCUAGACUCUAGACAAAAGAUACUGUAUAUAAAGAGAAUUUUUUUUGUCUUUAAAUAGAUAAAAAAAGUUUAUCACAUUUAAUCAAGUUGUAACUUAUAUUGAAGACAAUUUGAUACAUAAUAAAAGAUUACGACAAUA